AUGUUUAGUCCACUUGUUCGCUGCACAAGACUGGUCUCAUCAGCCGCCUCUCAGUCAAAUGAUAUGCCCAUCCAUAUUGAAAAUCCAUACAAACCAACGAAACGCCAGUGUUUUAUUUGUAAAAACAAUAUUGAGCUGGAUUAUAAGAAUGUCCAACUUUUAUCCCAAUUUGUGUCUCCGUACACCGGUCGCGUUUAUGGUCGACAUAUCACGGGUCUAUGCAUUCCAAUGCAAAAGCGUGUUGCAACACUAAUAGAAAGAGCGCGAAAAUUUGGUAUGACUUGUACCAUGUUUCUUUCUAGUUUUAAGGUUUUAUGGCGCAUGAAAUGA